UGGGUAAGUCAUUUUUAUUCAGGAUUUCAGUGAGUGAAAAACCGUGCUUCAGUUAUUUUUAGUUUAUGUGAAAUUCAGCGAUAAUCCUCAAAAUGUUGUCAAUUUCCGUGAUUGGUGCGGUUCUUGUGAUUGUCCCAGUUGCAUUAGGGACUGUGCACAUGGAAGGACGAUGUCCUAAUUACAUUCCAGUACCAAAUUUCAAUCGUUCCCAGUUUUUAGGUGAAUGGUACGAAAUACAGCGACUGGAGCUUGAUGAGCUAUUGAAUGCAGAUUGCGUCCACGUCAAUUACGCCAUGAAUGUGGACGGAAGUACGGUGAACGUGCGCCAGCGAAUGCAGAUAUUGGAGAAUUCACCGAGGACCAUCGAGAAACGUGGAUAUGCAAGAUAUAUAGAUCCAACUGGACGUCUAGUGAUGAUAUAUAAUGAAACAGACCCAACUGCAAGCAUAUUUGACUACUACAUUACCCAUACGGAUUACCAUGGGUAUCUCAUAGCAACAUCUUGCGAAAAUGUCAAUAACACUCACUAUGCUGAAUCUGCAUGGGUUAUGUCCAGGGGUAGAACUCUUCCACCCAGCGCCCUUACGGUUGUCAAUCAGGCUACGCAACACUGGAAUCCAGCCUAUUUCCGGCACACCAAUCAAGAUACGAGAGUAUGUAGUUCUUCACAUAAAAUGGCAUUGGCAAGUAUCAUACUCCUAAUGGCUUUGCUCACAAUACUAUUUCUGCGAUGAGGGAAAAGUUUGCUGGUGCUUGUUAUCACAAAUUUGCUAUUUGCAUAGCUAUGAAAAUAAAACCCAAUAUCUA